AUAGUGGAUACUGAAAAAAAGAAACCAUUGCAAUACUUUUAAUGCAGGGUUUAUAACGAUAGUUUUAGGGGCGAGAUCAAAAGAUCGUUUUCGGAUAAAAAUCUUAAUUGAAAUAGUUAGGGAGAGGAAGGGGGUUAAAAGCUUCUGCAGGUUCCUGUCAUCCGACAUCAAUUACAAUUUGGUGGAAAAAGAAAAAAGCCAAGUGACUUAAAAACACAUAAUAAUGAUACAUUUUAAUGAACAUUUAAUGAUUUUAAUUUGUACACUUUCAUUUGAGAAUGAACUGUAGAAAAGGUAAACAGAUUAUUAUUUAUACUUGUUAAUCGAUUAGUCUCAACAUUCAUCAUAUUUAGUUUUAAGGGGGUGAAAACUAUAUGAAUUUAGUUGUUUGUUUUUGGUCAGACAUUGAACUUUUGAUCUCGCCCCUUACGUAUUGUACAUUUGAUCCAUGCUUACUAAAUUCUUGCAUUUUAAUCAAAAGUUAAAUACACAUAUCCAUAUAGAAAUUCUAAGCAAUAACAUGAAAAUAUUGAAAUCAACUUUCUGAUUGACUAAGAAUUGAGGGGCACUUAUAAUAGGAAAAUUUGUAACACAAUGAUAUCUAGGUAUUUGAAAGAAAUACGAACUAAUGUAUAAAAUUCAGAAUAUAAAACAAUUUAAUGUUCCAUUAGAUAUCUAUUUAUAUUCCGCAAUUUUGAAACAGAAAAACCCAUAUACGAACAAAAACUCUAGCAUUUCGUAGCUCAGGUUUUGUUACCAUGAUCAAUGAAGCGUCUAAUGAAAUAACACAUUUUAAGUAAACAUGUCGUUUAUUAUCAUGAUCAAACAAAUGACGUAAUAAACCGAGUUCAAACAAAAUUUGCUGGGACAACUUAAUACAAACAACCGUUUACUAAUGACUAGGUUUGCAAAUGAGCAAAUAAACAUGUAAAUUACACAAAUUGAUCCCAGCCAAUAUUCAUAUAAAAACACUAAUAAUAUCAAAAAAGGCGGCGCACAAAAAGACCACAAAGCAAUGAGACAUGCGAACAAGUUGCAUGUAAGUUGCUGCGCCACCCAAGGAAUGGCGGUUAAAUCACCCGAACCCAACAUGACAUUGUAACGGAAAAUUUGAAAAUAUGAAAUAAGUUAAAUAAAUAAAUGAACAAGACAAAACCAGACAUACACAUAUGAAGAAACUGAGUCGACUUAGAUGCAACUUGUUCGCAUGUUUCAUUGCUUUGUGGUCUUUUUUUUGUACGCCACCUUUUUGAUAUUAUUAGUGGGGUUUUUACAUAUAAAAGGUGAAGAUAACGAACAGUGAUCAAUCUCAUAAAUCCCAUAAGCAAUACAAAAUAGAUAAUUGGGCAAACACGGACCCCUGGACACCCCAGAGGUGGGAUCAGGUACCUAGGAGGAGUAAGCAUCUCCUGUCGACCGGUCACACCCGCCGUGAACUCUAAAUGUAGCGGGUUGACAAGGUCUCUGAAUACGGUUUCUGUCAUGAGCUCUUCGCUUCAAUAGCAUCACUGCAGUCAUGUUUACAAACUUAGAAUGAUCUUAGAACAAGAGUUUUGCUGCCCUAAAUUUAGGACGAACUUAUGGCGAGGUCUAAAUCUAGGAAAGCUUCGAGAACUUGACUUAAGACUAUAAGACGUGUCCUAAGACAUACUUAAGACACGUCUUAGUCCUAAGAUAGCUUCGUGAACAUGCCUGAAGAUCAUUACUAAACAAUGAAAAUAGAAAAGGUGAUAAAUUUACCUCUUGUCCGAUACCAACAUUACAAAUGAAACAUUCGGACACGUAUUCACUUACUUGUAUCUUUGAUUUAAUACUUUUUUGCACAUUUCUGAUGAAUCUAAAACAUUUUCCAUCUUAUUUUGUUUUUAAAAGAUUUGGCCCAUGUUUCCAAAGAUAUCAAAGGCCUUCUUGAAAUCUACCAAACUACAGAUUUUCUUUUUUGAUCAAUGCAAAUUUUCAAGAAACAUCUAUAACAAAAACAACGUCAGUUGUAUAAUAAACUUUAUUAAUUCCUAUUCGGUUCAUUUUCUUCAAAUAAGCCAUGGUUAUGCAAUGGAACAUGAGGUACAAAAAAUAUUGAACAAUAUGAUUAAUGGGAGAUACAUGUAUAUAAACAACAGAACUAAAAAAAAAACCCAGUACAUAUAGAUAGACAAGUUACUGAGAACAGGCCAAAUAAUAGAUUUUAGGAAAAUACAUUUUAUAUCAUUUGUUUAUAUCUAGCUUCAUGAUCAUAAACUGAGAAUAUACAAUACAAAUAUGUAUAUAUUCUUGCCUUGUUAAAAUUACACGAAUACUUUAUUGUCAUUUUGAAUCCAAUUUGAAAUAUCUCCAAAUGAAUUUAAUUGACUCAUAAAUAUGAAUGACAAUACUUUUGGUUCAAGUAGUUUUUCCGUAUUUCUGACAAAUCUUUCCACAUUAUAUACAAUGGUGUGUGGCUUGGUUUUUUUUUCUUUUUUUUUCUUUUCUGAAUCGCCAUUCAUACACCUGUACUCCGUUUGAAAAUUCAUUCAUAAAAUUCUGUCUCGUUUUCAAAAGAAAUAAAAAAAAAAUGUUGUUGGCCUUACGUUAUUGAAACUUAUAUGACGGGCAAGAUUUUUUCAAUGGACCACUGUCACCUAGUUUUAGGCCAUGAUAAACCUUGAUUUUAUAAUAGUAUCUAUAUUAUACAGGAAAACAAAACAAGGUUUGACAAUAUUCACCUUUUCAAAUGGUGGUGUUAUAGGGUUUCUUCUUUUUGUCUUGACUUUUUAGACGUAAAUCAAUUUUUUUUUUUAUCUUUCUCCCUUUCGACGGACAAAGACUCAUUUCAAUUUUAAUUCUUUCUAUUCAUAAUCAUUCCUUUUUUCAACGACGGAAAGCGGUAGCAUUAAGAAUGUAUUCAUUGAAAUAUAAUAUGCCCUCGUUAAAAUAAAAAUUGUUUUGCGCACCAAGUUUAACUGAAUAGCAAGGACAAUAACAAAAAUAUAUAUGUAAACAUGGAUUUGGUCCUUGCGACUUGUAGUAUAUCGCUACAAUACAAAUCAAAACGAUGGGUGGUAAAUGGAAAAUAAACAGUACAAAAUACAUUAAGAUUUAUAAUUAUAUUCAUUCAUUUAUAAAAGAAAAAUUAUUUAUGUCAUUCAUUAUUUUAAAUAUCUAUUCGUUCAUUUUCAUGCGUUUAAAUAAUGUAAUUGAUAUGGGUUUAUUUCUCCACUGAUUUAUUUUUGGAAACUAUUCAUAGCAUGUACUUUCAUUUAGCGUGUAUCUAAUUUAUUAUAGGAUUAAACAUUCUUUUUGAAGAAUUUAUAGAUGUGUAAACUCUGGACAUUUUACUCACAAACUGAAUAAAAGUGCGAAGCACUUUUUUGUUAAGUUUGUGAGUAAAAUGUCCGGAGUUUACACAUCGAUAAAUUCUUCAAAAAGAAUGUUUGAUUCUUAUAAUUCCAAUUCAUUCACUUUACUAACAAUUGUAAAAAAUUGAAUAGUUUCCCCGCACUAUGAUACUUGUUUUCAGGCGUGUAUGAAUACAUCGCGUUUUCGGAUUUAUUGAUGUAUAAACUCUUGUUCAGCUUUAUUUUUGUCCAAUCAAAACAAUUGUAAUAAAUAACAUUGGAAUUAUUUAGAUUUAUUCAUUUAUUUCAAAUAAUUGUGUAUGAUAUUUGUAUUUAUCCAUUGUUUAUGCAUGUACACUCACCAUGUAAUCAAUGAAUCAAUGUGAAGCUGACCCCUCCCUCCUAUAUAUAAGGAGUGUAGUGUGGUCAGUUUGACCCCCUGCCAUCAGGGUGUUGUUUUCGUCCAUAUUGCCCGGUACAUGUACUAGUUUUCUUAUCAAAAUCCCAUUCUCAGAAUACUUUUAUCCAUUUAAUUAUACAGUAUACUUUGUCUGUGAAGAAUCAUUCAAUAAUUAUCUACAUGUAUAAUGUCCAUAAUUAGAUCAAUUACACUACAGGUGUAUAGUACAAUAUGUCGUAUAACGUAAAAUUAGAUAUGGCAUAACUAUUUGGUAAUACCCCAAAACAAAAUUAAAUAAUAUUGUACAUUUGUAUACAUAAGAAAAUUGUGCGUUGGAUUUUUUCUUUCUUUUUUUUUUCUUUUUUUUUUUUUGUUUUGUUUUUUCCUGCAUAUAUUCAUUUUCUUAUGUAUUUUGUUUGUUUCUGCAAAAAAUUCUUUUCGGGAUUUAUUCUUCUGGCACCCCCGGGUCUGAGAAGAAAACAAGAGGAAACAUUUUCAACAGCUAAUCGCGACACUGAAUAUAUGUGCCGUAUUCUAUGAAUUGAUUUGAAUGAAAUUCUAGUAUAUACCGGUAUAUAGACUAGUAAAUAAAUGAUUUACUGUUGGAAGGCUUCAUAAAACAAAAACAAACAAACAAAAACAAAUAAAACACAAACAAACAAAAAACCAAUAAGAAUAUUUUGUUGCUUGUGUUGAACGCCUAGCUAGUGUGUUGUUUUAUUUCUAUUUUGUUUCCUUUUUCUUUAAAUGAUAUUUAUAUUUAAUAUAAAGUUUAAAGAAAUGUUCAGAAAACAACCGUAAUUAAGUAAAUAGUAUGCUAUCAAGCGGGCCACCUACAGAUCUUCCCAAAAAUGCGGUUUUGUACAAAAAAUGUUGUUUACAGAAAAGGAACAAUACAAACAGAGUACAAGGAAAUGAUAAUCCUACCCGGGGCGCUCCCGUGCAGACGUCGGUGGUACGUGUGACCCCUGUCUGACCUCGACGUCUUAUAACGUUUUGUCUGUUACAAAGGAUGUGCGUCACUAGCUGUUGUCUAAUUUGAAUAUGACUGCAAGGGGAAAAUAAUCAAAGACUUAAAUUGUUAGUCUCAUAUGUUUUAAAAAUCAUUUUAUAUCUUUUAAAUUGAAUUGUAUUCUUGCGUCGGCAGUUAUCACCCUUUCUAACCUCGUGUGUUUCCUUCCCACGCUGAGGAGGCCUCACUCUAUUUGAAUAUUUUUGAUGAAUGAAAAAGUGGUUCACGUAGUACAGAUGUGUGUAAGAAAAAGAGCGCGGUUUUAUAUGCCAGUCCCAUCCAACAUGCAACAAUAAUCAGCACCUUCAAAUUCAUGUUUUAAGGGGAAAACUGUUUGGAAGCAAGAUAGAACUUAAAGCUGGUCUCAAUUUCUAAGGUGAAGCACGGUGAUCUACCAAAACUUCCGGAAUUUAACCACGUGUCGAAGGUCAACCGAUGGAGAAAUCAGGAGAACUCUCCCGUUUGAGGAGCCAAGGACAAGGCAGCAAGCAUGGCAGGAUGAACCCACGGAGUAAGUCAGAGGGCUAUGGUGACAAAGUGAUUCAACAACUCAAUAACCUUAGGUCACAGAAUGAGCUGUGUGACUUUAAGGUCUCGGCAGGGGAAAAAUCAUUUCAGGUACACAAGGCCGUGCUAGCCGCCACGAGUGAUUACUUCCGGGUCAUGUUUGGGGGUGGUAUGGCGGAAAGUAAGCAGGACUCGGUGGAUCUAAAAGGUGUAACCGCAGACGGCUUACAGAUGAUUAUUGACUUCAUCUACAGCGGGGAGCUGCCAUUGCAAUACGACAACCUGACUGAAGCUAUUAACACAGCUAGUCACUUGCAAGUGUCUGCCGCUCUCGAUAUGUGCAGCGAUUUCAUCAUUUCCCUCAUGACGUUCGAGAACGCUCAAGAUUUUUUGUCUAUCGCCAACACGUAUUCGCUGGACAGAGUUUUAGAGCACUGGGACAGCAUGAUCCUCAGCAGUUUUGCCGAGUUCUCGGAGACGCAGAGUUUUCUUAAGAUGGACUCUGUCGCUUUGGUUAAGUACCUGUCAUCCAAUAUGCUACGGGCUAGCUCCGAGUUCAAGAUUUUUCAGUGUUUGGACAAAUGGUUUAAAUACAACCCCGCACGAAUAUCCAUUGACUGUAUCACUGUGCUUACACACGUGCGGUUUCCAUUGAUGUCGGAACGUGAGCUCGGAUUGGUCCAGGAGAGCGACUUAAUGAAACGUUGUCUGGGUGCGCUACAUUUAGUGACUAAAGGGUUCAAAUUCCACCUGGACUGUCGGGAAGGCCACCCUGUGAUCGAGGAACGAUCCAACAUCCGCACUGAAAUCCCUACCCUUGUCCUCAUCCAACCUCACAAUAGUUCCUCGUAUGUACCAUUUCAAAUUACAUCACACGAUCACGUGACCGGCAUAUUCUACCGACUCUUUUCCGACUUGAACGGAAGUCGAGAUUGUCGAUUGACCGUCAUAGACAAUUUCAUUUACGUUUGUAGAGUGGUGGAUUUCGGGGGCGGAUCCCUUUUGAGUUCACUGUUCCGGUUCGACCCCCGGCAUCUGUCUGGACAAGAGUUACGCCCGAUGCGGAGACUCCGUAUGGAUUUCGCUUUAGUGGCCCACGGGAGCUGUCUGUAUGUCUUCGGAGGUUCCACCGAGCAGUUCACCAUUAUGGACUCUGUUGAGUGUUAUAAUGUGGAGACCAAUUCGUGGGUGGAGUUACCGUCCCUACCGACGGCUCUACAUUCCCUUGCAGCCCUUACAGUCGAAAAUAAAAUCUACCUCUCGGGGGGCGUGUCUAGUCAGGACCGUCAACCCACGAACUCGUUUACAAUAUUUCAUCCGCAAUACCGAACGUACGAGACCCUUCCGGGAAUGUUUUACGCCAGAAGACUCCAUGAGAUGGUAUUUUUUCAGAAGAAGGUAUUCGUCCUUGGCGGUAUUCCCCGUCAGGGGGUUCCUCUUCAUGGACAAAUCCCCAUCGAGUGUUAUGACACGAGCGCCGCCCAGUGGACGAUGCUAUCCUCCACUCUGAGCGGUCGCUCCGUGGGCCACUACCUCAGUUUUCAAGGACUGAUUCUGUCCCUCGGCCAUGAACACCAUAACGCUAAGGAAGAUGAGAUCUGGACAUACGACCCAGUGCUUGAUGAUUGGACAAAAUACGCGAAAGCUCCGCAGCGAAUGAGUUUGAUGUCCGCCAUUUGUUCUGCCAUCUUUGUGAAUUUUUACGACGAGAAGGUGGCGAAAACAUUUCUUAGAGACAAAUAAAAGAGUUGUUUUGAAUUGUUUUUAAAUAA